AUGGCGGCAACUUCUAGCGCCGCCAGCGGCACCGGCAGCGUCCCGGCUCCUGAAUCCGACGCCUCCUUGGCGAACUCGUCUGCUGAGGCAGAAAAGAAAAAACUGGAAGCGCUGUUCGCCGCGGCGAGUCCUCAGAUGCAGGCCCUCUUGAAGCAUCCUGCAGGCGAAGUCAAAAAACCGGAGCAACGGCUGGAGGAGGAGAAGACUGCUCAUCCAGAGGCCGCUGCUCUGCUUCAACAGAUCGCCAACGUCCUCACUUCCAAGCUGUACCAUGAGUUCACAAUGGCGGCGUUCGCGUACCUGGCGCCCUUGGCGCUAGGCGAGAGCUCGUCGCCCUACGAGCGUCCUUCACCUCCUCCGCAGUUCACAGGCUUCGACCGAGUGGAGUUUUUCUACUACGUCGUCGGGCCUCUCCGGAGCAAGCUGGACGAGUCUGCCUUCCUGCGCCUGCUUGCCGCCGUCUGCGAAGACAUCGACGCCAAGGACGCGCUGCUUUUCCUCUCGCACUACCCGCUUUCCGAGGGCUCCGCCGGCGCCGACCCGGGCACUGGACAGGGCAGUGGGCUGCGAAGCAGUGUCUUCGCCUCGCGAACCAGCUCGUCAGGAGCCUCGUCUGCAGUGGACAACGGCGCCGCAGCUGCAGUCCUUGAAGCGGAGAUCCUGUACAAAACGUGCCAGAGCUUCCACCUCUCGCAGUGCCGGAACUUCGCGGACAGCGAGGAGAUUCUCGAUGAACUGCAGAAGAAGCUGAACGACUCGACGGUCGGCGUCAGCCCCGUCGCCCAAGCGGCCUUCCAACGAGCUGCCGCCACGCUCGCCAAGGCUCAGGCUAAACAUGCGGAGUUCUAUCACCACGCCAUCAUCUUCUUGGCGUAUACGCCUACAGCAAGCAUCCCCGAGCGUGACCGCGUCGGACUGGCAUACGAAAUAGCGAUCGCCGCCCUCGUCGCUCCAGAUAUCUUCAAUUUCGGCGAGGUGAUGCAACAAGCGUUGAUUUUGUCGACUUUAAAGACGCAGCCUGAGCACCAGUGGCUGUGGGCGCUGCUGGAGGCCUUUCACUGCGGCUCCCUACCUCAGUACGAUUCUAUCUGCGCGGAAUACGCGACGCAAAUCAACGCUACGGCGCUCGCGCACCACGCGGUGGCGCUGCGGCAGAAGAUUGCGACGGCGGCGCUGCUGCGACUCGCCUUCACGCGGUCUGCGGCAGGGACGGCGGCAGGCGCCGCAGAGGCCUCUGGCACCGCGAGCGACGCGCCGAACGGAGCCCCGGCGGCGGGCAGCGCGGCCGCGGUAGCCGCUGGCGGCGCCGGCGUGUCUGCCGCGUCGCGAAGUCUGAGCUUCGACGUCAUUGCCAAGGCCUGCAAGGUCGCGGAGACCGACGUGGAGCCCCUCGUCAUGCGCGCGAUGAGUCAGAAACUCAUGCGCGGCACCAUCGACCAAGUCAAGCGCCAAGUCUUCGUCACCUGGGUGCGGCCGGCGCUUCUGCUCGACGAAACCGGACUCAGCUACUUGCAAGAUCGCCUUCUGCGGUGGAUUGGCGCGGCCGAGCAACUGCACAAGCAGCUGCAGGUCCAAACCGCGGAGCUCCUGGGCUCCUAA